CCGAGGGCGAGGUCAUCAAGUCGGCCUACAUCAUGUGGUUUGCUUCUCCGGACGAGUUCAUGUCGACCAGGAACAAGCGACGGACCGAUGCUUUGCCCAACGAGCAGUACCUGACAGCAGACUUCAACGUCAAUCCGCUUACGUCGAUCAAUGGCAAAGCUACGGUCAUGUCCAAGGAUGCCUUCUUCGCCAAGUAUCCGGACGGCGCUCCGCCGAAGGCAAAGGAGGAUCUGGCGGAAUAUAACAAGUGCAUUGUUUGUCGGAGAGGUGUGAACCAGCUCCAAGGAAGAUAUACGGAUGAGUUUGUGUGGGAGAACGUGUAUCGUGAGGACAGAAUCUUUGAUCUUAUAAAUAUGAUCAAGGACGGGUUGAAGGGAGCAAAGAAACGCAAGCAAGUGGACAACGACUAUAAGAACACCAAGGAGGAAGAUGACUUCGUUCCUACCACCCCCAGGAAGAGGCAAAAGGUGGCUUCCAAUGCCACACCUCAGUCGCGGCGUCAAAAGGCCCUUACUACACCAGCUCACAAGAGAAUCGUCGUCAAGAAACCGCUCGAAUUCACCCCUCUUGGUACUCGUGUCCUCUCGCCUACUCAUUUCGCCUCCCCAUACCGUCAGGCACGCAACCUAUUGCACGUGUCUACCGUGCCUGCGGCGCUUCCUUGUCGAAAGGACGAGUUCGAGAAUGUCUACAGCCAUCUCAGUGCUGCCAUCAUGGAGGGAACGGGAUCUUGUAUCUAUAUUUCAGGAACCCCAGGUACAGGCAAGACGGCUACAGUCCGCGAGGUUGUUGCACAGUUGAAUUCCGCCGUGCUGGCAGAGGAGAUGGACGACUUCAUCUUCGUCGAGAUCAACGGCAUGAAGGUCACCGAUCCACACCAGUCUUACUCGCUGCUCUGGGAAGCGCUCAAGGGCGAUCGUGUAUCGCCCUCACAUGCUCUCGAUCUCCUUGAGCGGGAGUUCUCCCACCCGUCCCCUCGACGGGUAUCCUGCGUUGUCCUCAUGGACGAGCUCGACCAACUGGUCACAAAGAACCAGUCUGUGAUGUACAACUUCUUCAACUGGCCUGCCCUCCGCCACUCCCGCCUGAUUGUCCUCGCUGUCGCAAACACCAUGGAUCUCCCAGAGCGUACCCUCAGCAACAAGAUCUCCAGUCGUUUGGGUCUCCACCGCAUCACAUUCCCAGGAUACACCCACACCGAUCUAAUGGAAAUCAUCACCACCCGCCUGGCCAACGUACCCGGCAACAUCGUCGAUCCAGACGCCAUCCAAUUCGCCAGCCGCAAGGUAGCUGCCGUCAGCGGUGACGCCCGCCGUGCCUUGGACAUAUGCCGUCGCGCUGUUGAAAUCGCCGAACAAGCCAGCGAAGCAGUCUCCGGCGACAAGCCAGAGCCAGACGCAGACGCAGACGACACCGAAUCCCUUCCCCCGACCCCCAGCAAGACCCCUGCGCGAAAGGAGCGAUCCCUCAAACAGACCUCCCAACUAUCUCCCCAAAAGAAACCCCCCACCAAACCUCAAAACAUCGGCCGCGUCACCAUCGCCACAAUCAAACAGGCCAUCCACGAGGCAACCUCCACACCCCUCCAACAAUCUCUCCGCUGUCUCCCCCUUUCCGCGAAACUCUUCCUCGCCGCCAUGAUCGCCCGCGUCCGUCGCACGGGUAUCUCCGAGUCGACCUUCGGCGACGUGAUCGAUGAAGCCAAGCGGAUCGCAGACGCGGCUGUGGCCGUGGCCGGUGCCGCCGGCGCCGGCGUCAAGGAGUUCCUGCUCGCCGGAGGCAACGGAGCUCGCGUACGAGCCUUAGGCUUCGCCGCCAUGGAACUGACGAAUUCGGGCGUCUUGGCCCUGGAGUAUUCCAAGGGACCGCUAGGCAGCGCUGCGAUUCCGCACCGCGGCGACCGCAGCGGUAAGGUGCGUCUGCGUGUCGCGGCGGAGGAUGUCAAGAUCGCGUUCCGCGAGGACGAGGAGGCGAAAGGUCUGGGGUUGGUGAUGGACCAGUGA